ACCACACUACCUUCGAUCAACCAUUGAGCCCUGGAGGGUCGUCAAUUCCCUUGGUUUAUUCGCCGGCCGCCCUCAUUCAUUCCGAUUCCGGACAAGGCAUGUCGUGAUUAUGCAAAGUCUCUGGACCCGUGCCGGUUCGGCGCAGUCGUCGACCUGUCGCUGCGUCUCAUGCCUGAGCACCGGCGCGAGCGGAUUGACCUCACGGACAGCGUCAGCCGCAAGCAAGAGACGUCUUCGGAUCGGAAACUCGAUUACGGCUUUUUAUACGAGUAUUUUCGCCGCCGCUGCGUUGGCAGAUGCCCGGGCGAAGAAUCAACGGCGUCUUGAAUGGACGGAAAAGAUCGCGGCCGUCAAGGAGGAGGUCGACAAGUUGAUGGACGAGGAACAGCGCAUUCUACAAGCAAUUUCGCCGCAGCAAUUGGCGACGCCUUUUCGUCGAAUCUCCCAGAUACGCCAAUACAGCACUGCUGCUGCCCGCCGUCCCUCCGAACGACCCCGAGUCCAAUGGCCGUCAAAUAACCUUCGAAGGAACCCCCGGCGUGUCUCGGAUUCGCCAAUGUUUUCAGAUGAUCUGGAAUUUGAGGAUGGGUCACGCUCCGGCGGUGCUACUGUGGAGGUCGAGCAGGAGAGCCGGGUGGUCACAGAGAUCCUUGCGGAAAACGAGGCUCCAAUCUUUGAGGAUGCAGACGAUGGGACAGGCUUGUCAAAUCACUAUGAUGCCUUUCCAGAAUGGCUCUGGUAUGAGCCGGUUCGCCUCAAGGCGAUUCGGAAACUGGCGCUGAGACAGCUGGCUAUUCGAUUAUUGCUGCGGCCGGCCAUCGCGCACACAUACGAGGGGAUCCGGAUGAACUACGCGCAGGACUCCUCCGUACCGCAGUUGAAGGUAGCCGAUCUUCUCAAAGAAUUGAGUCACAUUCGACACAGAAUGCGGCAUUUGAAAACGUCGAGGGAAGCAUACAUCGAUGAUCUGACCAAGGAUUUUCGCCUUCGCGAUAUGGAUGAGGUGACACGCGAGCGCGCCCAGCUGGAAGAGGAGAUGCGCAAUGACACAGAAGUAUACCUAGCCGAGGAGAUGUCGCUCGCAGAAUACCUUCUUCGACUGUCGAACAACAUCAUGCGUUCUAAAGACCCCGAUCGGUCUACCGCUUUACGGUUGAUGCUUUUGGCUUUUUACAAAACCAAACAGCACGAUCUAUGCCACCUGGUUAUGAAGACGAUCCUACCUCACAAGUUUCCUCUGAACGCCUCUCUUAUCCUCACGAUUCUUACCUUCUACCGCAAGGACAAAGACCUCCGGUCAUUCGACCGGUUUCUGAAUAUGCUGUGCGGGCAGGGUUAUCCCAUUGACAUGUACAACCUGAGCUACUACGUCAAGGAAGUAAUCAACGGCAUCGAAAUUGCCGUUCCCCCUGUUCAAUCCGCUAAUGCCGUCGCAUACACUGUCCUGAUCGUGUCUUGCUUGCGUUUUAACCAACCCGAGCGAGCCGAAGCAUACCUCCAAGCGGCUAGGAGGAUAGGGUACAUGGACCAUUUUCCCAACCUGAAUGCAUAUUUAGCAUUCUAUGCCAAUCGACACGACUGGGAUAUGGGCGUGCAGACCAUGAAGAGAUGUCUGGCUUUCAUCUCUUCAUCAACAGCCCACGAAGAGGUCAGUGUGGAGAAAAUGAUCCUUCUAAUGACCAACCUUUGCGACUCCUGCGAAAGAUACGACGUCUCCGAGGCAAUCAUCGUCGCCGCAGUGGACAGUGGCUUCGACUGGAGGUGCGCUAUGGAGCACCUGCGUAUCGAAUCAGCCAUAGACCCACAUUCCCGCCGAUGGCACGUAGCAGAGGACGCCUCGCCAACGAGUCUCAACGCCCGAGACAAAGCGACAUGGGAGAAGUGCUACGCAUUCGCCAACGCCUUCGGAGAACAACUCAACGAACUCGCCUUGGACGAGCACAAAUCCUCCGCUCGCCAAUGGCAAAAGCUAAUGGGGACCUACGCCCAGCAAGUCCUCGACUCCGUCCUCGCCGGGAAGCCCGCAGAGCACCGAAACUCCAACCUCGCUCCAGAGCCCAGCAACACAAGCCAACAAGAAUCUCUCCUCGAACAAAUCAACAUCGAAGACGACCGGUUCAACGUCGACGAAGAAGAGUUCCACGAAGCGAAACGCACCGCCGAAGCACAGAAAGAAGAGAUCUCCUCCCUAAGAGACGAAGUCUCGCACCUAAAGCAGCUUAUCUACAAACUCCACCAGACUACCCUCAACAGCACCUCCAUAGCCCAGUCUGCCUCCAAAGACCUAGAACAGCUGAAAGCCCAGCUCGCAUCCACAAAGACCAUCCUUCCACCCAAAGCCGCUGCUCUCGACGAGGCGCCGCCAGCGCCUCCACAUCUAAGCGUUCGAUAUAUCAAGUCGUCGUCUUGAGCGGCACGGCACGGCACCCCUCGAAUCUUGGAGCUGUCUGCUCCGGGUCUCAAUUCAAACAAACCAUCGGCGACAAGCGCUUCAAGAAAGCGUGUACAUUGUGUUAAGUUAACUCGGCGGAGUUAUCAUUGGUUUAUCUAUAUGUUUCAUUAUUCUUUUUUUUCUAUACUUUUUUUUUUUUGGCUCCGCCUACUGAUACCUUAGUGAACUGUACAUUAUCAUGAUAGAAUUGGAAUCAACGACCAGGCCAUCAUCUCUCAAUUACGCCU